AUGAAUUCAGCCUCUCGUCAUUUCUUCACGCGUCUCAUCGCGCGCUCGGGCGUUGGAUACGGCGGAAAGAUGUACCUCAUGUAUUACACGGACGAGAAGGGCGAGCGGGUGUACACGCUCAAGAAAACGGCGCCGGAUGGUACGCCGACGCACUCGGCGCACCCGGCGCGAUUUUCCCCGGACGAUAAGUUUUCCAAGCAGCGCGUGGCGCUGAAGAAGCGCUUUGGUCUGUUACCUACGCAACAGCCGGCGAGAGAGUUAUGA